AUGGCUCAGAGGGACCAUUGCAGAGAGGUACUUGUCUUUUGGUGCUUUGGAGUUUACAAGAUCACAGCUAUGAUUGCUAAGUGGAUCAUGUCAGCCAUGAGGAAAACCGCAUUUAUCUCUUGGUGUCGUCAAUCUUUAUUUCAUUUCUGGUGGUUGGUUACCAAGCAACGGGCGAUUUCUCUGAAGAGUGUCCGCCAAUGCAAGUCUCUUCUUUCUGGUUCUUCUCGUUAUCGGCAAUUCGGUGGGCAUCCUGAAAUGAAGGUCUCUUAUCGAUUGAUCACAUCAGCAGCAAGAAACAACUUGUAUAUCUUUGAUAUCAGCAAGCUUUCUAUCUCUUGGUGGUUCUGGUUAUUGGCGAUUCCUUUGAUGGAUCUCUACAACCAUACGCGUCUUAUGGAUGGAUCAUGUCAUCAACAAGCAAUGAGAGCCCGCGUUGACAUCUUUGGUGUUACCAAGGUCAUUUAUGCAUCUCCUCAAGGCAUUCAUCGUCAAGCUGCAUUCGAUUUCCAAUGA